UGAGUGCGUCUGCGAGACCCUGGCGCCCUUUUCCCGCUGUUCUGAGGAAGCUCGGAAUUAAUGUACCCUCCUUUCCACUUGUGGUUUGACAGAAAUACAAUGGAUUCCAAAUUCACUCUAAAAUUCUUCUGGCUGAGACAUUUUCGUCAAAUCGGAGGCGGUUUCGUCUCUAAGAUGGGUAAAAUGGUAUUUUCAUAGAUGGCCAAGAUCUCCACUUAAGGUGGUAGAAAUCUUUAAGUGUGGAAUAUUGAGCAGGAGCUUUGCCAUUGGCUGGUCAAGAAGGAAGAGGCAGAACGUCUGCAUUGUUACACCAUAGAGUUCAAACUUCAGAAGACUUGGGUUAAGCAGUAUCAUAUACUCUGCAAAUGAUCAUGUCUUUACCUAUCCUCUCUGAUCAUCCCAAACUAAUGAAAUACGCUUUAGGUUUUAUGAAUUCAGAUUACGCUGUUUUCCAGAUGCCCUGGCAGCUCGUACAGGGCCUGUGAAAAAUGGAACCAAACUCUCUGAGAACUAAAGUCCCAGCUUUCUUAUCUGAUUUGGGGAAGGCCACUUUGAGGGGAAUCAGAAAGUGUCCCCGAUGUGGCACAUACAAUGGAACCCGGGGACUGAGCUGUAAGAACAAGACAUGUGGGACCAUUUUCCGCUAUGGUGCACGAAAGCAGCCUAGUGUUGAAGCUGUCAAAAUCAUCACUGGCUCUGAUCUGCAGGUCUACUCAGUUCGGCAGAGAGACCGCGGCCCUGAUUACCGAUGCUUUGUGGAGCUAGGUGUUUCAGAGACGACAAUCCAGACCGUAGAUGGGACGAUCAUCACUCAGCUGAGCUCUGGACGGUGUUAUGUCCCCUCCUGCUUGAAAGCUGCCACCCAAGAUGUUGUGGAAAACCAGUGCCAGCAUAUCAAGCUGGCAGUGAACUGCCAGGCGGAGGCCACCCCUCUGACUCUGAAGAGUUCAGUCCUGAACGCCAUGCAAGCCUCCCCAGAAACCAAACAGACCAUCUGGCAACUGGCCACAGAACCCACGGGUCCUCUGGUACAGAGGAUCACCAAAAACAUCCUGGUGGUGAAAUGCAAGGCAAGCCAGAAGCAUAGUUUGGGGUAUUUGCAUACAUCUUUUGUGCAGAAAAUCAAUGCCAAAAGCUUGCCUGAGCGUCGCUUCUUCUGCUCCUGCCAGUCUCUGAAAUCGCACAAGUCGAGUGCUUGUAAGGAUGAUGCAGCCCAGAGAUGCAUUCAUUUCUUUGCUUGUAUUUGUGCCUUUGCCAGUGACGAGACAUUGGCUCAGGAAUUCUCAGACUUCCUAAAUUUUGAUUCCAGCGGUGCACAGAUGAAUAGUUCACUAAUGCUUCAAGAUGCAGUGAGCAGUAAUCUAAGGAAGAGUGGCCUGAAAAAGCCUGUGGUUGCUUCUUCAUUAAAAAGGCAGUCCUGUGGUCAGCUGUUAGACGAGGCACAAGUGACUUUAUCCUUCCAAGAUUGGCUGGCCAGUGUCACUGAGCGAAUCCAUCAAACCAUGCACUAUCAGUUUGAUGGCAAACCUGAGCCACUGGUAUUCCACAUUCCUCAGUCCUUUUUUGAUGCCCUGCAACAGAGAAUAUCCAUAGGAAGUGCAAAAAAACGGCUCCCCAACUCCACCACAGCUUUUGUUCGAAAAGAUGCCUUGCCACUGGGAACAUUUUCCAAGUACACCUGGCAUAUCACUAAUAUCCUGCAAGUUAAACAAAUCUUAGAUACUCCAGAGAUGCCCUUGGAAAUUACCCGUAGUUUUAUCCAGAACCGAGAUGGGACUUAUGAGCUUUUUAAAUGCCCUAAAGUGGAAGUAGAGAGCAUAGCAGAAACCUAUGGCCGCAUAGAAAAGCAACCAGUGCUGCGACCCUUGGAGCUAAAAACUUUCCUCAAAGUUGGCAAUACUUCCCCAGAUCAAAAGGAGCCAACGCCUUUCAUCAUUGAGUGGAUCCCUGAUAUCCUUCCCCAAUCCAAGAUUGGUGAGCUUCGGAUCAAAUUUGAGUACGGUCACCACCGGAACGGGCAUGUGGCAGACUACCAAGACCAGAGGCCCCCCCUGGACCAGCCACUGGAACUGGCCCCUCUGACCACUAUCACUUUCCCUUGAGACAAGAGUAUUUUGCUGCUAAAUUUGCACAUCCCCAACCCUGACCACUUCAAAUACCAGAUGGUCCUAUUCCUUAGUGAAUUGUUCUUAGCUAAGAUUCCAUUUCUCAGAGAAUUCAAGUGGGUUUUAUUGAGGAAAAAUUCUUAUAAAUAGCCUUUUCAGUGCUGCUGUAUACAGUCUUCAUUAUAAAUUGGGUAGGAUUUCUGGCUAGAGUUUUAAAAGGAAGAAAAAUCUGGCUCACUUGCUUUAAAGUUUAUUUCAGCGUUUUUCUAAUUCUUUCAGAAGUUAGCAGCACUCAGCCUUACACUAAUAGUGUUGGAAAGUUAAUAAUUCUCUGGUUAGGACAGAAUGUAAAGGACCAUCCUUGCUCUGGCCAUGCUCUUUAUUCUGUUCUCAAAUAAAGCACAGUGUCACUAGUUUUUCCAAA